CAACCUAGCUAGCUUAAUUAGCUUGCUUGCGUGCGAAUAUGUCGUCGCUUUUAGUUUUGCAAGUUAUAGGUCUUCUUCUCCUUGGUAGCCUUCAAUUCAGCCAUGCAAGAGUUCAACGUCAUACGUUCAUUGUGGAAGAAACGCCAUAUACAAGGCUUUGCAGUAGCAAGAAGAUCUUGACCGUGAACGGGAGCUUUCCUGGGCCAACUCUAUUUGCCAAAAGAGGGGACACGAUCAUCGUUGACGUGAUCAAUAAUGGGAAUGAGAACAUAACCAUUCAUUGGCACGGUGUGAAACAACCAAGAUAUCCAUGGUCGGAUGGUCCGGAAUUCAUAACACAAUGCCCUAUUCAACCUGGUGGCAAAUUUAGUCAAAAAAUAUUUCUAUCAGACGAGGAAGGAACAUUAUGGUGGCAUGCUCAUAGCGACUGGUCUCGAGCCACCGUGCACGGCCAAAUUGUAGUCUCUCCUCCUAAUGGACCUAAUGGUUAUCCUUUUCCUAAGCCUCAAAUGGAAGUUCCCAUCAUUUUAGGAGAGUGGUGGAAAUCAGACAUACAAGAAGUUUUGAAUGAAUUCCUUGCUAGCGGAGGAGACCCAAAUAUCUCAGAUGCAUUCCUUAUCAAUGGUCAACCUGGAGAUCGAUACAAUUGCUCAAAAAAUGAUAUAUUCAGGUUGAGGGUGGAUAGCGGAAAGACAUAUCUGCUACGAAUGGUGAACGCAGUGAUGAACAACAUCAUGUUCUUCUCCAUCGCAAACCACAACCUCACGGUGGUCGGGACCGACGGCGCGUACACAAAACCCUUCCAGGCUUCCGUAGUCGCCAUAUCCCCAGGCCAAACCCUAGACCUAUUGCUCCACGCCGACCAAACCCCCAACCACUAUUACAUGGCGGCCAAAGCCUUAAACACCGCCAAUAGAGUUCAAUACGACAACACCACAACCACCGCCUUCAUCCAAUACUCCGGCAACUAUACCCCGUCUCCGUCACCGCCCUUCCCUAACCUCCCCGACCACAACGACAUCAACGCCUCAGUCGGCUUCACCUCCCAACUCCGAAGCUUAGCCGACAAGAAACACCCCAUAGACGUUCCAAAAAACGUGUCGACAAAUCUGUUAUUCACGAUCUCCAUUAACACCCGACCGUGCGAACGAAAUAAUACCUCAAACUGCACCGGACCGGGCGGGAGAAUGUUCGCCGCUAGCGUUAACAACAACAGUUACAUCCUCCCUCAGACCGACAUACUCGAGGCGUACUACUAUAGCACCAUCCUAAACCGGAGCGUCAACGACGUCGUUUACACAACCGACUUUCCGCCGUUUCCGCCCUUUCCUUUCGACUACACCAACGCAACUCUCCCGUCGAAUCUGCAGCUGCCGGAGCGGAAUAAGACGGCGAAGGUGUUUGUGCUUGAGUAUGGGACGACGGUGGAGCUUGUUUACCAGGGCACGAAUUUGGUGGCGGGGAUUGACCAUCCCAUGCACUUGCAUGGAUACAGCUUUUACGUUGUCGGUUGGGGUUUCGGAAAUUUCGACAAAGAUAAGGAUCCGCAGAACUAUAAUCUUGUGGACCCUCCUCUGAUGAACACAAUUGCUCUUCCUAAAAACGCUUGGACCGCCAUUAGAUUCAAAGCAGAUAACCCCGGGGUGUGGUUCAUGCAUUGUCAUUUGGAGCGCCACACAAGUUGGGGAAUGGAGAUGACAUUCAUAGUUAAAAAUGGGACCGGCGUAAAUGAGACAAUGUUGCCUCCACCUCCAGAUAUGCCAAAUUGGGUGAAAGAAGCUCUGUACACAAGGCUGUGUAGUAGCAAGAAUAUAUUGACUGUGAAUGGAACAUUUCCUGGACCAACUCUAUAUGCAAAUAGAGGGGACACAAUAAUAAUCGAUGUUAUUAAUCAAGGAAGUGAAAAUAUUACCCUACAUUGGCAUGGUGUGAAACAACCAAGAAAUCCAUGGUCUGAUGGUCCAGAGUACAUAACUCAAUGUCCUAUUCAACCUGGCACAAAUUUUAGCCAAACAAUUAAAUUAUCGAACGAGGAAGGAACAUUGUGGUGGCACGCCCAUAGUGGUUGGUCUCGAGCCACCGUGCACGGUGUUAUUAUUAUCUAUCCCGCUAAUGGAAUUAAAUACCCUUUUCCUAAGCCUCAUGCUGAAGUGCCCAUCAUUUUAGCACAAUGGUGGAAGAGCGAUAUACAAGCAGUAUAUACGGAGUUCAUAACAAGUGGGGGAGUAGAAACUAUCUCAGACGCAUUUUUUAUUAAUGGCCAACCUGGAGAUUUAUACCCAUGUUCAAAAAAUGAUACGUUUACGUUAACGGUGGAUAGUGGAAAGACAUAUUUACUUCGAAUGGUGAACAGCGCGAUGAACUUCAUCCUCUUCUUCUCCGUCGCAAACCACCAACUCACGGUGGUCGGAACGGACGGCAGCUACGUAAAACCGUUCAAGAGUGACUAUAUCGCCAUAUCUCCCGGUCAAACCAUUGACUUUUUGCUCAAAGCCGACCAAAAGUCGAACCGUUAUUACAUGGCUGCAAAGGCAUACAACUCCGUCCUUCUGCUCCCCUACGACAACUCCACCGCCACCGCCAUCCUUCAAUAUUCCGGCUCAAAAUAUUCCCCGUCGGAUCCUCCACCGCCGUUACCUAAUCUCCCGAAUUCUAACGACACGAAUUCAUCGGUUAGUUUUACCAGGAACCUCCGGAGUUUAGCAGACGAGAAUCAUCCGAUUAAUGUCCCCCUGAACGUGACAACUAACCUAAUUUUCGCGGUUUCCAUCAAGGCGCUGCCGUGCGAAAACGGCGAGGUCUGCGCCGGAAAUAAUGGCAGCCGGCUCGCCGCUAGUAUGAAUAACAACAGCUUCGUUCUCCCGCCUAUCGACAUACUUCAGGCUUAUUACAAGAUGAUCGGCUGUGUUUACGGCGAUGAAUUCCCCCAUUUUCCGCCCUUCCCUUUCAACUAUACCGCCGCCGAUCUUCCGGCUAAGCUGCUGCAGGCGAACCGGGCGACGGAAGUGGUUGUACUUGAAUAUGGACGGACGGUGGAGAUUGUUCUCCAAGGCACAACUUUGGUGUCGGGUAUUGAUCACCCGUUCCACUUGCACGGAUACAGUUUCUACGUUGUCGGGUCGGGUUUCGGGAAUUUCGAUAAAGACAGAGAUCCUUCAAAUUAUAAUCUCGUCGAUCCUCCUCUCGUUAACACUAUUGCAGUUGCUAAAAGCUCGUGGACUGCCAUAAGAUUCAAGGCCGAAAAUCCAGGAGUAUGGUUUAUGCAUUGUCACUUUGAGCGACAUACAAGUUGGGGAAUGGACAUGGCAUUCAUAGUCAAAGACGGCAACGAAACAAAUCAGAAGAUGCUCCCUCCACCACCAUAUAUGCCUAAAUGCUAG